ACUUUUUCGCUCGAAUGCGAAUUAAAGCGAAAUUAGGAUAGGUACCACAGUACAUAAAGACGAGACAUGAAUCGUUUCACAUGGUCUGACGGUUUUUUUGGUCAAGAUGAAACGUUAGUGACACAACAAUCCGCUAUCAGAAUUUAUGAUGGGGAAGAUAAGUCUUCGUUUGACAAUGGUCGCUUAUUAUUGACUACACAUCAGUUAAUAUGGCGAGAUAGCAAAAAUCCUUCUUAUGUAAUUGCUUUACAUCUAUCUAAAAUAGUAUUUUGUGAAGAAGAGUCAUCCCGCGCAAAAAUCAUUCUUCAUUUAAGCGAAACGGAGUCUGGUCAUUCCCAAGGUCCAUCCGCUACAAGCAAAUACAAUUUCAUCAAGUUUUCAUUUAAAAGCGGAGGUCAAAUUGAUUUUUAUAGAUGCUUGAACGAUACUUUACAACGAAAAUUAUGGAAAGUUGUCGCAAAACCAAAAAAAUCUUCAAUUUUAGAAGGAAAGGCUGUUGGAAUUGGUGGUAUUGAACGUUCCAUGCAAAAGCAGCGGGCGGCGACCGAUAAAACCAUCUCUGCUGCUUUUCAAGAUCUUGAUGGUCUAAUAGUAAAGGCUAAGGAUAUGGUUGAAAUAUCUAAAAGUAUUUCGAGAAAGAUAAAGGAUCAGAAGGGUGAAAUAAGUGAAGAUGAAACAGUCCGAUUCAAGUCAUACCUUUUGUCAUUAGGUAUAAGUGAUCCAGUUACUAGAGAAACUCAUGGAACAGGAUUGAAAUAUUAUAGAGAACUGGCUAGAGAAGUUUCAAAAGCAAUUGAGAAGCCAUUGAGGGAGAGCGGAGGUGUAAUGACGAUGACGGAUGCCUACUGUAGAAUAAAUAGAGCAAGAGGAAUCGAGCUAUUGUCUCCCGAAGAUCUUAUUAAUGGCUGUCAACAGUUGGAAGCCUUAAAACUUCCUGUUCGAAUGGAAAUUUUUGAGUCUGGAGUUAUUGUAUUGAAACUACAUUCAUUGAUGGAGGAAAAUCUUAUCGAAGAAACUUAUGACUUUGUAUCUAAAAAGAAGUGUUUAAGCGCCGAGGAAUUGGCUGGUAUACUCAAAAUUAGCAUUGUUUUAGCCAAAGAGAGAUUGUUACAAGCAGAGAAGAAAGGAAAAUUGUGCAGAGACGACUCGCUUGAAGGGCUGAUAUUUUUUCCUAAUUACUUUUUAAUUACACCAACAAAUCUUGAUUUUAAUAGAACAUAA